AUGUCCCAACUUGACAAAGAGAGCCAUAUCCGUUACAUUGCGUCGCUGGAUUCGAAACGGGAUGACUACGAAUACUGGCUUUCGGAACACUUGCGGUUGAAUGGUGUUUAUUGGGGACUAACAGCUUUAUGUGUACUGGAUGCUAAAGACACCUUCAACAGAAGCGAAAUCAUUUCGUUUGUAUUGAGCUGCUGGGACACCAAAGCUGGUGCCUUUGCUGCUUUCCCUGGGCACGAUGCACAUGUCUUGACGACGCUUUCGGGAAUUCAGAUUUUGGCCAUUUACGAUGCUUUAGAAGUACUUUCGAAGAAACCGGAGGACAGCGUUGGAAGCGACGAUAUGAAAACCCAAUGCGUAGCUUUUUUGCAGUCCAAUCAGCUUCCUGAUGGUUCGUUCCAAGGAGACCGCUUUGGAGAAAUCGACACCCGUUUUGUUUAUGCAGCGUUGAAUGCCCUUUCGAUUUUGGGACAAUUGACACCAACAGUGGUAGAUCCAGCAGUACAGUUCAUUCAGCAGUGUUACAACUUUGACGGUGGGUUUGGACUGAGUCCCGGUGCGGAGAGCCACGCCGCCAUGUCCCUAACAUGCAUUGCUGCUUUGGCUGUAGUCAACCGGCUCGAUGUGCUUUCGCCAGAUCAGUUGGAAGACAUCGCUUGGUGGCUUUGCGAAAGGCAGGUUCCUGAAGGUGGACUAAACGGGCGUCCCAGUAAGCAGCCAGAUGUGUGCUACAGCUGGUGGGUGCUGUCAUCGCUGGCUAUAAUCGGGAAACGCGAUUGGAUCGAUUUUGAUAAGCUUCGAGAAUUCAUUCUAUCGUCACAGGAUCCAAAAAAGGGUGGAAUAAGCGACCGCCCUGGGAAUGAAGUCGACGUAUUCCAUACCUGCUUCGGCGUGACAGGUUUGAGUUUGAUGGGCAAAGACGAUUUGAUCGAGAUAGAUCCUGUUUAUUGCAUGCCAAUGUCUGUAACGCGGACCUUCAAAAAGUACCCAUAUGAGAAAUAG